AGUGUGUGUCCGGAGGGGAAGUGUGUGUCCGGAGUGUGGCAGUGGUUGGGUGCCGUGACCAUGACCCUGCAGGCUGAUUUUGAUAGGAUCGCAGAAGAUGUGAAGAAGUUGAAAACAAGGCCAAAUGAUGAAGAACUGAAAGAUCUCUAUGGGCUCUACAAACAAUCUGUAGUUGGAGACAUUAAUAUUGAGUGUCCAGGGAUGUUAGAUUUAAAGGGCAAGGCUAAAUGGGAAGCAUGGACCCUCCGAAAAGGGUUGUCGAAGGAAGAGGCCAUGAGUGCGUAUAUUGAGAAAGCCGAAGAGCUGAUAGAAAAAUACGGAAUUUAAAAUUCAGCUAUGAGAAAGUUUUUCUUUUGAAACCUUCAUCAUGGUAUCAUGACCUACCAUCUAGGGAAGAAAUGCACUGUUAACUCUUCACGUGUCCUGAAUGUUUUUGCUGUGAACAUGAAUUGCAGUCUUUAAUUAGCAGUACGCUGACACUUUGUAUGUAAUGAAAUUUUACUUGCCCAAACCAGAUGAUUUUAAAAGUUUUUUUUAAAAUAAAGUAUUGCUCUGAUAAUAUGUGCA